UGGCUGGGUCAUGUAGCACGCAUGCCCAGCUACCGCAUGCCUAAAAUCGAGGGGGCUAAACGGGCGCGGCGCGGGCUAGAGAAGAGAUGGAGUGAUGUGGUACAGGAGGACGUGGAGCUGAGUGGACUUGCCGAUGACUGGUACCAGCAGUGUCAAGAUCGGCCUCAGUGGAGGAGGCUCGUGAAGGACGCUACUGGGCAGUUGGAGGCAGUCGCCCUCCAACAACAACGGAGGGCUGAGGAGCGACGUUCACAACAACGAGCGGAGCGCCGGGUGGCUAAAGCACAGCAAGUUGGUACGCCCCUGCCGCUGCUCCGCCGGGACACCGGCUUGAUGCUGACGAUGUCUCAGGAGCAGGCCGCCUGCCUCCUGGCCAACGCCUUCUUCUGCACGUUCCCCCGGAGCAACGCCACCGGGACCCGGAGCGAGGACUCUGCCUGCCCCGACAUCAACGUCAACAGAGCGGAGCCGGCGCUGCCCCCAUCCUCCGCGCUCACCCAGGCCUCUAAAUGGCUGACGGUUGUUGUGGAGAAAGAGGAGACUGCGAGACCCCCGCGACUCGACGGCGGCGCCAAGUGGAGACCUCGGGUCGGCCCUGUGACGUCACCGCCUUGCCACGCGGUGGCGCCACAGCGCGGCAGCAGCGGCAGCAGCGGCACCUCGCGGUUUUGUUGGUCGUAG